AUUGUCUAGUUCAACUUUCACCUACCCAACUCCAUAACCACAUUUCUUCCUCUUUCAGGCGAGGGACUAACAGAGAAAAAAUACAUAUAAUUGUGAAUAAAUGGGUGAAAAUGAGGGAGAGAGAACAAGUAUGAAGACAAUUGAUGAUGAGAAAAACAUUAUGGAGAAUAAUGAGAAACACAUGACAGAUGAUGAUCCUAAGAUUAACUACAGAGGCUGGAAGGCCAUGCCCUUCAUCAUAGGAAAUGAAACAUUUGAGAAAUUGGGAGCCAUUGGGACCUUAGCAAACCUCUUGGUCUAUCUUACAACUGUAUUUAACCUCAAGAACAUCACAGCCACAAACAUGAUAAACAUCUUCAGUGGCAGCACCAACUUUGCCACCAUACUAGGUGCCUUCUUCUCCGACACCUAUUUUGGUCGCUACAAGACUUUAGGAUUCUGCACAUCCACUUCCUUUCUGGGAUUGCUUGUUAUACAACUUACAGCGGUUUUUAAGAAUCUGCACCCACCUCACUGUGGAAGCGAAAGCAAAAUAUGUAAAGGGCCAACGGCAGGGCAAAUGGCUUUUCUACUUGCUGGAUUUGGUUUGCUUUUGGUAGGUGCUGCAGGGGUGAGACCAUGUAACUUGGCUUUUGGAGCUGAUCAGUUCAAUCCCAACACAGAUUCAGGGAAGAAGGGAAUAAACAGCUUCUUCAAUUGGUACUUUUUUACCUUCACUUUUGCCCAGAUGGUUUCUUUGACACUAAUUGUUUAUAUACAGUCAAAUGUGAGCUGGGCAAUAGGGUUGGGAAUUCCUGCUGCUUUGAUGUUGAUAUCAUGUGUGGUGUACUUCGUGGGUGCUAAAAUGUAUGUCAAAGUUAAACCAAGUGGUAGUCCCUUAACUAGUAUUGUGCAAGUUCUUGUGGUUGCAACCAAGAAAAGGAGUCUAACACUACCUGCAGAACAUCCUAUGCUUUCCCUCUUCAAUUAUGUGCCUCCGAAGGGUAUUAACUCUAAGCUUCCUUACACGUACCAAUUCAGAUUAUUGGACAAAGCAGCAAUUAAGACUUCAAAAGAUAAAAUAGAAGCAGAUGGAUCUGCAGCUGAUCCAUGGAACCUUUGCAGCAUUCAGCAAGUGGAAGAGGUGAAAUGUGUGGUGAGAGUAUUACCUAUAUGGUUUUCAGCCAUUUUUUACCAUGUAGUUAUUGUCCAAAUGCACACUGUCCUUGUGUUUCAAGCCCUUCAAUCCGAUAGGAGACUUGGACACAACAACAACUUCAAGAUCCCCGGUGCAUCCUACAAUGUCUUCAUGAUGUUGAGCAUGACCUUGUGGCUACCCAUCUAUGAUAGAAUGGUUGUCCCUUUUCUCCGUAGACUCACUGGAAAAGAAGGUGGCAUCACAAUCCUUCAGAGGAUGGCAAUUGGCCUUUUUCUCUCUGCACUUUGCAUGUUAGUAGCUGCUGGGGUUGAAGACCAUAGAAGAAAUUUGGCUCUGACUAAGCCUAUAGGAGUGCUACCAAGAAAAGGUGCCAUUUCAUCAAUGUCAGCACUAUGGUUAAUUCCUCAGUUAACACUUGCUGGACUAGCUGAAACAUUUACUGCAGUUGGACAAGUUGAACUAUACUAUAAACAAUUCCCUGAGAACAUGAGAAGCAUUGCAGGGUCACUUUUCUAUUGUGGCAUGGCAGGGUCUAGUUAUUUGAGUACUUUUCUUAUUUCAAUUGUCCACAAAGUCACAGCCAAAUCUGCUACAGGUAAUUGGUUACCAGAAGACCUAAAUAAGGGAAGAUUGGAUUUCUUUUAUUACAUGAUUGCUGCACUGGAGGUCUUGAAUUUGGGGUACUUUCUAAUGUGUUCAAGAUGGUAUAAGUAUAAAGAAACUGGGAGCAGUAACCUUGAACUCAAUGAAGUACCUAAACAAUAUGAAACACCCAUUGUUGGUGUUUAACGGCUACGCUAAGAGUUAAUGUAUGAAUGUAUAAUAAUAGAUAGAAUCUAUGAAGUAGUGUAUUUUUUAGCCAAAAAAAAAAAAGUGUUGUUAUAUGGAUUAGGAGCCUUUUAUAUAAUAUUCUCAAUUAUAUUGAAACCUGCUGAUAUGUUUUCAGAAAUACUUAUUGCUUUUAUU